CUUUAACCCGGAGCUUUCACUCGCGUCGUCUCUCUCUAAUUCAUUCCUUCGUCUGUCCUCCGUCGGCUGCGGAAAAUCUAAAAGAAUCCUCUCAAAUCCCUCAUCUUUCCUCUUUCAUAUUAUUUGUGUUCCUCUUUCUGAUGAGAGCAGGGUUUCUCGCUGGACGAUGGGAUCCUCCGCCGCAGGCCCUGCAAUCUCCGAUAUCCGUUCCUCCGCCUCCCAAAGAUACGGAGCCCUAAGCCUCCACCGUCUCCUCCUGCUCCUCCUCCUCUUAAUCCUUCCCGUCAUCUAAUCUCUCGGUUAGAUCCAGUGCUCUUCUCUCGCCCCAUGGUCAAGGACCCACUCGGAUGCCUUGUGGAGCAAUCGGGGGUCGGUUAGCGGCGUCCGCGAUCUCAUCUACUGCUGCUGGUUUUCGUUGUGAUUGGGUUUCGGUAUGAUAGAUUAGGAUUUGUGGCUUCUGCUUGCCUUGUGUUCGAUCUUUUGCUUCAGUUGUGUGUUUGUAUAUAUAUAUAUAUAUAUAACACCAUCGCCAUCCCUUCCUGGAGAAUUUUUGGUCUCUCAGGAAGGUGCUGGUUUCUUGUCCCUUUGGUAUUUUUUCCGGUGGACAAUCGAGUGCUUGUUAUCGACCUCUGUAAUAUUUUGACUUUUUUUUAACCGAUAGAUCUUUGGUAGAAAGGAGAGAUUUUUAUUGGGAAGGCAGGGGAACUGCUGGAUUUUUUUUGCGAGUGCGAGCAGUUCCAGCCGAUGGGGAUAGCCGAUCACCCACUUCUUGAUCUGAUGCAAAAGGUCAAGUCUUGGAUCUUCGGCCCGUCGGGCAGUGCCUCCGAAUCGUUGAUGCAGGGCUGCGGCGACCACCUGAUGUGUUAUGAGUGCCGGGCGGGGUUUGGGGGGCCCGUUCACGGGCACCGGUGCCGGAGCUGCUGGCGGAUGUUCUGCCGGAAGUGCAUGCAGAGUGGGGGCGGCAGUGGCUCGAGGGUGGAGCAGCAGCCCAAGUACUGCAAGUUCUGCUUCCGGGCCAUUUCUGGGCACGGCGAAGUAGCUGUGGAACGCCGGGGCGAGAAAGUUAGUCCUUGGGUGUCUCCAGAGUGCAUCCCUAAGUCGCCUCUGUCUGGAUCGACGACUAACAACAAGCUCUUUGCUGGCCUGCCGGAGCGGCGGCAGUUUUCAUCGCCACGCAUGCUUCGUUGCUCCACCUGCAGGAGUGAUGAAGAAGAAGUGGUUGAUGAAUCCGGGAAGCAAUUUUUUAGCCCGUUGAGUUCGUUCUCCCAUGAUGUCUCUGAUAUAGAUACUAUUAGUACCAGUACUGGGAAUGAGAUUUACAGUUUCAAGUCGAUAACUCCGAGUCCCUUAGACAGCCCUAGUAGGGCAGUUGAGCAAGAGGAUGUGAGCCCUAUGUCAAGAAAGAUUGGUCUUUUCGAUCAAGAUUCUCCAGGUUACUUGCGAAAACUUGGAGGGGAGUCUGAGGAUUUACUAGAACAUGGUAAUAGAUGCACAUAUGACAACCUUUCGAUUUACCAGAAUCAAGAAAGCCAGAAGGCUCAACAGCCCUUGGAUUUUGAGAAUAAUUGGGAUAUUUGGCAUCCUCCCCCACCUGAAGACGAGGGGGAUGAUGUGGAGGCUGGUUUUUUUGAGUAUGAUGAUGAAGAUGAUGAGGUUGGCGACUCAGGCAAGCUAUUCACAUCUAGUAGCUUCAGUAGUGAUGUGUUUCGGAUAAAGGAGAAGUCUAAUGAAGCCCAGAAAGAGCUUCUAAGGAAUGCUGUGCACGGACAUUUCAGGGCUCUUGUGUCUCAACUAUUGAAAGGGGAAGGUGUUCAUGUUGCGAGUGAGAAUGGUGGGGAGGGCUGGCUGGAAGUGGUUUCCUCACUGGCAUGCCAAGCUGCUAAUUUCGUGAAACCAAAUAUUAGCAAAGGUGACAGCAUGGAUCCUGGUGAUUAUGUCAAGGUCAAGUGUAUAGCAUCGGGAAGGCCAAUGGAUAGCACCCUUAUUAAAGGGGUAGCUUGUACUAAGAAUAUAAAACAUAAACGCAUGGUCUCACAACACAAAAACCCUAGGUUGCUUCUUUUGGGAGGAGCACUGGAGUACCAGAAAGUUCCAAAUAAGUUGGCAUCAAUAAAUACUGUACUUGAACAGGAAAUUGAUCACCUGAAAAUGGCUGUUGGAAAGAUCGAGGCUCAUCGACCGAAUGUGCUUCUAGUUGAAAAAAGUGUCUCGUCAUAUGCUCAAGAAUAUCUUUUGGCAAAAGAGAUAUCAUUGGUGUUGAAUGUCAAGAGGCCACUUUUGGAGAGAAUAUCACGGUGUACUGGUGCUCAGAUUGUUCAAUCCAUUGAUAAUCUUGCUUCAGCUAGGUUAGGACACUGUGAAAUGUUCCGGAUAGAGAAAGUUUCCGAAGAAUGUUCAUCUGCCAACUAUCCAAACAAGAAGUCUGUUAAAACUUUGAUGUUCUUUGAAGGUUGUCCAAGGCGGUUAGGGUGCACGGUUCUUUUAAGGGGUACAUGUCUUGAGGAAUUAAAGAAAGUUAAACAUGUUGUUCAGUUUGCAAGCUUUGCAGCUUAUCAACUAUCACUUGAGACCUCAUUCCUUGCAGAUGAGGGUGCAACACUCCCUAAAAUUCCUUUGAAACCACCAUUUACUAUGACACAGAAGCCUAUGAAUGCUGAUGCCUUUGUUUCAAUGGCAUCAACUUCAGCUAUAUCUGAUAUUUCCGAAACAAGUGCAGACAAGUUUCAAGGAGUUGGGUCAGGAAUUAAGCUUGGUACAGAGUGCCUUCCUCCAUUCUCAAAUGAUUUGUCUUUAGAAAAGAAAUGUGUGGAAAUUAGAUCUGAGCAAAAAGAAUGCAAAUUAUCAUCUGACUAUCUAAAUUCUGGUAUUUUCCUAGGCUCGUCUCCAACUUAUACUCAAAAUCAUAGGGAUUUUACAGUUGAAUCAACUCCAGAUAUUUCUACUUGUGGUGCUAAGGGUUCAAUAUCUGCAUUCCAAUGCAAAGAACCAGGUGGCUCUUCACAUUUUCCAACUGAUGCUGGAAUUCAUCAAGGUGAAAUGUUUGAGAAAUCAGUUAUAGAAAGAAGCAACUUAGCGAAUCAUAAGAAUCUAAAAUCUGAUGAUGAAUAUAAAAGAACAUACGUAGAUGGUGAGGUUCCGACAGAGUACUUGUCAACUGCAGAAAAUCACCAAAGCAUCUUGGUUUCCUUAUCAAGCACUUGCAUCUUAAAAGGUACAGUGUGCGAACGCUCUCAGCUCUUCCGUAUCAAAUUCUAUGGUAGUUUUGAUAAGCCACUUGGAAGAUAUCUCCGUGAUGACUUGUUUGACCAGACAUCUUGCUGUCAUGUAUGUAAAGAACCAGCCGAAGCCCAUGUUCGGUGUUAUACUCACCAGCAGGGUAGUCUUUCAAUUUGUGUUAGGCAGCUUCCUUCGGUGAAAUUACCUGGAGACCAAGAUGGAAGGAUAUGGAUGUGGCACCGAUGCCUCAAGUGUGAACUUAAGGAUGGAGUACCGCCUGCUGCACAUAGAGUAGUCAUGUCUGAUGCUGCUUGGGGGCUUUCAUUUGGAAAAUUCUUGGAGCUCAGUUUUUCAAAUCAUGUAACUGCUAACCGUAUUGCAAGCUGUGGCCAUUCUCUCCAGAGAGACUGCCUUCGGUUUUAUGGGUUUGGGAGCAUGGUUGCAUUCUUUCGCUAUUCCCCUGUAGAUAUUCUGUCUGUUAACUUGCCACCCUCAACUCUGGAUUUCGCAUGCCAGAUUCAGCAAGAGUUGGCAAGAAAAGAGGGAGCUAAGAUAUGCAAUAUGGUGGAAUUAUUGCACGGGGAAGUGUAUGACAUGCUUCAAGGAAUUGAAAGAAAGAUCACAAUAUCUGAGCAUGAACCCUCGAAGGAAAGCAUACAUAAGCACAUAACUGAGUUGAAGAAUUUACUUAAAGUGGAAAAAAAUGAGUAUGAAGUUUUGUUGCAAGCAGUUAAAACAGAGAAUAUUCAACUGUUCAAUGCAUCUGUUGAUAUUUUGGAGCUCAAUCGUUUGAGACGUAGCCUUCUACUUAAUGCAUACAUGUGGGAUCGUCAACUCUAUUUGUUGGACUCAUUGUCUAAAGCUGAAAGUUAUCCUGCCAAGGUUGAUCCAAAACUUCCAGACAUGUUCUAUCUCACCAAGCUGAAAGAAUGGAGGGCUGAAUUAUUUUCUAAAGAUGGGCAGCUUGGGAACUCAUCUGAAAAAAUCACCACAAAGCCGUUGGCCUCGUUAGGAACUCCAAGGAAAUCCAUGUUGUCAAAGCAGCAUGAGGAGUUAAGCCUGCAGGUUUUGGAGUGUAAUUCAAGCAAUAUGGUUGAAAUAGACCUUUCAGUUGAGUCUAUUGAGGGUUAUGUGGGCUCAGCAAGUCUUAAUUUUUUCUCUGGUCAGUGUAAUGGAUACGAUGAGAGAAAGGUAAUUGCUGAAGCUAGCAUUGCCGCUUCAUCCGUGGAGAACUUGCAUUCACCUUCCUCUAAUCUAUCUGAUCAAAUAGAUUUAGCAUGGACUGGUUCAGGGCAGUUAGUGAAAGAUCCACCCCAAGGUGGUGCAAAAGCUGAUUCAGUUGGAUCUCCAAGUCUGUUGGAUAAUUCAUGCUAUAAGAAGGUAAUGUCCCCAGUCAGGGUUUAUUCAUUUGAUUCUGCUCUAAAAUUCAGAGACAGAGUAUAUGGUGGAUUGUCUCCUUCAUCAUUGCAAUUGACUUCAUUUAGAUCAGCUGAUGUUGCCGGAGAUUUUGUGAGCACGUUUAAAGAUCCGAUUCUGAACAUGAGAAGAGCCUAUUCUCAAAGGUCUCGCAGGGAUAUACAGAGAUUAAAUACUCUUCUUAGUCAGACACCCAUAUACAUCUCAUCAGCAUCUCAUAUGGUGAGUGAUGGGGCUCACUUGCUUCUUUCUCAAACAGGUCUUAGUGAUGUAGUUGUUGCAGUCUAUGACGAUGAACCCACGAGCAUAAUAUCCUAUGCCUUGACUUCCCAAGAGUAUGCUGACUUCAUAACAUCCAGAUUGGAUCAGCGCAAGGAGUUGAAGGGGAAGGACAAAAUCAGCAGUCUUCGGAAUCAAAUGAGCAACCAUGCAGCAGCUAUGAAUUUUGCAGGUCAAGAAUCUGUUGCCCAAUACCAGUUGAAUGAUAUCCAGUCUUGGUGCUACGGAUCUGACGAAGCUCAACUCUCACGAGAGAAGCUUUCAGAUCCCAAGGAAUCCCAUUUCAGAAUUUAUUUUGGUGAUGAGUCUUCGUUUCCUGCAGACAAGGCAAAAUAUUCUGUAACAUGUUAUUUUGCAAGACAGUUUGAUGCACUUAGGAAGAAAUGCUGCCCAAAUGAAUUGGAUUAUAUACGUUCCCUAAGCCGCUGUAAGAGAUGGAGUGCGCAAGGUGGUAAAAGCAAUGUGUAUUUUGCCAAGUCAUUGGAUGAUAGAUUUAUCAUAAAGCAAGUCACAAAAACAGAGUUAGAUUCUUUUGAAGACUUUGCUCCUGAAUACUUCAAGUAUUUGACUGAGUCAAUAACUUCUGGAAGCCCCACUUGCCUAGCAAAAAUCCUUGGUAUUUAUCAGGUGACUGUCAAACACUUGAAAGGUGGCCGGGAAGUAAGGAUGGAUAUAAUGGUGAUGGAGAAUCUCUUCUUUAGGAGGAAUAUAUCAAGAGUUUAUGAUCUCAAAGGCUCAUUGCGUUCCCGUUAUAACCCUGAUACUUCAGGAAACAACAGAGUUUUAUUAGAUCUGAAUUUGUUAGAGACGCUCCGCACAAAGCCCAUUUUUUUAGGAAGCAAGGCAAAGAGAAGAUUGGAACGGGCUGUAUGGAAUGACACCUUUUUUCUUGCGUCAGUGGAUGUCAUGGACUAUUCGCUACUGGUCGGCAUUGAUGAGGAUCGAAAGGAACUUGUUAUAGGAAUCAUUGAUUUUAUGAGGCAGUAUACAUGGGACAAGCACCUGGAAACCUGGGUAAAGGCCUCAGGCAUACUCGGUGGUCCAAAAAAUGCAUCACCCACCGUCAUUUCUCCAACGCAGUACAAGAAACGCUUCAGGAAAGCCAUGUCGAAUUACUUCCUCACCGUCCCUGACCAGUGGUCCUGAUGAGCCCCAUUUUUCAGUUAACAGCUAUUGGAGGCAUCAUUUCUACAGAUAAAGAGUAGAGUAUAUACGUGAAUCAAGAAAUGCAGAGAGAUUAUAUUUUAUACCAUGCAUCUGAUUACUUUAUUCAAUUGUCCCCUUAAAUGUCAUGUUUUUGGAUUUGUAAGAUGGGACCAAACUCUCUUGGCAUCAAGCAUGGGUAUAUCCAUGUCCAGGCAACAAGUUUCUAGAGGUCGAUCCCUCUACAUUCUUUCAUUGACUGUAUGUAUUGUACAUUGGAGUUGCUGAGCAAGCUAAACAUUCAUUGGCUGAAAAGGUGGGGGUCAUUGAAAGGGUUUGUCGCUUGAUUCGGCAUGUUGAUUCAUGGAUUGUCUAAUUCUUCAUGCUGUCCUUUACAUUUCAACAAGUGUAUAAUAUUACUAUUUAGGAUGGUGGAAGCAAAUUUGUGGAUGUUAAUUGACAUGCAAUAAACUCUCUUACUCAGUGAUUGCAAUUCCUUGAUUUUGUUA